CAGCAGAGAGCACUGCUGCUUAUCCGGGGAUGUCAUACCACUGCUAUUUUCUCCUCAGUCCCUCUCACUCUCUCCCUACAGCUCCAACGGGCUGACACUCAGCUUCUGGAUAGAGAGAAAGACAACAAUAAAAUAAUAAAACAGAAGACACCUCCCGAGCCAAAAUGGCAGAGCUUGGAGCGGGAAGCCUGCUGUUAGGGGAUCCUGCUUUUAAUUACCAGGAACAUGAACUCAACGAGCGGCUGAAACGGCUCUACCCGGCCGUGAACGAGGAAGAGACCCCUUUACCCCGUUCCUGGAGCCCCAAGGAUAAAUACAGCUACAUCGGGCUGUCACAGAACAACCUGCGGGUCCACUACAAAGGCCAUGGUAAGAACCACAAGGACGCGGCAUCAGUACGCGCCACACAUCCAAUCCCUGCUGCCUGUGGAAUCUACUACUUUGAGGUCAAGAUUGUCAGCAAAGGGCGAGAUGGGUACAUGGGCAUUGGUCUGUCCGCACAGGGAGUCAACAUGAACAGACUGCCUGGAUGGGACAAGCAUUCAUACGGUUACCAUGGAGACGACGGCCACUCCUUCUGCUCCUCGGGGACUGGCCAGCCGUACGGCCCCACCUUCACCACAGGCGACGUGAUUGGCUGCUGUGUUAACCUCAUUAACAACACUUGCUUUUACACCAAAAAUGGCAUCAGCCUAGGUGUAGCCUUCACAGACCUCCCUCCCAACCUGUACCCUACUGUGGGGCUCCAGACCCCAGGCGAGAUUGUAGACGCCAACUUUGGCCAGCAGCCUUUUGUCUUUGACAUCGAGGACUACAUGAGUGAAUGGCGGGCCAAGAUCCAUGGCAUGAUCGCUCGCUUCCCCAUAGGAGAGCGGCUGGGAGAGUGGCAGGCUGUUCUGCAAAAUAUGGUGUCCAGCUACCUGGUGCACCAUGGGUACUGUGCCACAGCGACAGCCUUCGCCAGAGCCACGGAGACCAUGAUACAAGAGGACCAGACCUCUAUAAAGAACAGACAGAGAAUACAGAAGCUGGUGUUGGCAGGACGGGUGGGCGAGGCUAUAGAGGCCACUCAGCAGCUUUACCCCGGCCUGCUAGAACACAACCCCAACCUACUAUUCAUGUUGAAGUGUCGUCAGUUUGUGGAGAUGGUGAACGGUACCGACAGUGAGGUUCGCUGCUUCAGCAUUCGCUCCCCCAAGUCCCAGGACAGUUACCCCGGCUCACCCAGCCUCAGCCCCCGCCACGGAGCCACUAAUACACACCUGCACGCUGGAGGAGCAGACAGCCCUACCUGUAGUAAUGGGGUGAGCCCCCCCAACAAGUCAAAGAGCCACAGUGCCAGCGGUUACAGCAGCGGCAAAUACCCCGGCGUGUCCUCCUCCGCCUCCUCCUCUUCCUCCUCCUCCCCUUCCUCUGUCAACUACUCCGAGUCCAACUCCUCCGACUCCAGCAAGAGCCAGCCCCACAGCGCCAACAGCACCCAGGAAACCAGUGACAGUGAGAUGGAGAUUGAAGCAGAGCAUUAUGCCAACGGGGUGGUGGAGGGCUCCUCAGCACGCAUCAUGAACGGCACGUACAAACACCAAGAGAUCCUUCAGCCAGAUGACAACAGCCUGGGCAACGGGGUCACAGAUGAGGGCUGUAGCAGUAGUAGACAGCUUUGUGGAGGGAACCAGGCAGCCACAGAGAGGAUGAUCCAGUUUGGAAGGGAGCUGCAGGCGCUAAACGAACAGCUGUGCCGCGAGUAUGGCAAGAACGCCACACACAAGAAGAUGUUACAGGAUGCGUUUAGCCUGCUAGCGUACUCUGACCCUUGGAACUGCCCCGUGGGCCAGCAGUUAGACCCCAUGCAGAGAGAAUCGCUCUGCUCUGCACUCAACAGCGCCAUUCUGGAGUCCCAGAAUCUGCCUAAGCAGCCUCCGCUGAUGUUAGCGCUGGGCCAGGCCACGGAGUGUGUUCAGCUCAUGGCCCGGGUCCGUUCUGGUUCCUGCUCCUUUGCCAGAGUAGACAACUUUUUGCACUAGCCCAAGUCCAGGUAAAUGUUAGGCAGCGCUGAGAGAAGGCAUGUCCAGCAGGUAGUUGUCGUGGCGACGGAGGAGAGAGAGAGCAUGCGUGUGAUUGGUGUGUUUGGCUGUCCGUCAGACUGAGCCAGCGGGACAGAUGGGAGGAGAGCAGAGAAGAAAGUUUCUUUUUAAUUUAGUAUUAUCAAAUACAGAAAUGUGUGACACUAUUUAAAGAUAAUUAAUUAUUAUUCUGUUUAUCUAGCCAUUUUUGUUAGUUCUUUUUUGUCAGUUUGUUGUGCUCAUCUUGGACAAAAGAUUCUGAUUCCCUUUUUUUCCACAUUUAUUUUUAUGGGUGGAUUUCGAUUCCCUACGACUCAGUAUUUUACUUACCUUUUAUUGUUCUUCAUCAUAUCACAAACCACAUUAGUCAUGGCUUGUUUCCAUGGUGACACCCUCUGACGCCUUGGACCAUAGGUCACCUCAACAAUAUUUUAGUGAUGUUACUCAUUGUCUUCACUGAGAAAAAUGCGGCAGACUGGCAAACCCUAAGUACUGAUUGCGAGCCCUUACUCCCUUGAAAGUGAGCACUUGAAAGUGCACGAUUUUCUCUGGCCAGGAUGUAAAGAACUUGAUAUGAAGGGAGGGAGAGACAUACUAAAAGCUGUUACAAAAUCCACUUUUAACUGCAGCGGCGAAUAGGGGCUCGUUAGUCUCUCCACACCGGGGAGAAAUUGUUUGGAAAAUGAUUGUCUUUGCAGCUGUCAGAAGAUGCAAGGAGCCGCUUGGUUGACAGACAAAAACACAAAUGCUGCGAUCCAGUUCUGCUCAGUUCAGGGCUCAAAAGCCACUGCAGCAGCACUACUGCAAAGAUAUUCGCCGUGACAGGGAACCUCUACAAACGCUGCUACUGUCAGACUCCAAGCUCUAACCGGGAUGAUGCUGCUAAAAUCUGUCAAACCCGCUCACAUCCUCCCCUGGUGGAAUGUAGCACUAAAGGGGGCUGGUUUUUGGUUUUACCUUUUUAAAUACGCAGCAGAAGGCGAGCAAAGAUACCUCAGCAUGAAAAACAUAUUUUCACCUUAUAACUCUGGUUGAUGCAGCGUUUGACUGCACCAAAGUAAAAAAUAGAUUCACCUAAGAGAAAAAUGGGGAAGAUUUGAAAAAUGUACUGGCUAGAUCAGGUUGCCAGAACGCUCCUAAAUCUUAGUAAUCCAAAGCAUUAUGAAAAAGAUCUCGUGGGCUGGUAAUGUGGCCCGUCCAUCGCCACAUUUUGGGUACAGGUUUAAAAAACACCUCUCUUAAGAUACUUGGAUACUUGUCAAUACUUGGAAUGGAAAUAUAAAUGAAGACAAGAUUCAAAAUAGUUAUAGUAAUAGUAAUAGCAACCAGGGAUUACACAGGAAUUUUACACUCAAGUUUACGUUGAAGUAGAUGGGAUUGGCCAAUCAGUGAUGUGGUUGCAGUUGCCUUGACAGUUGCCAGAGUCACCUGUAACCUGUUGUAGUAGCUGUAGCAAAGAGUGUUUGUAUGCCAAGUCACUCCUUGGGUUUUCAUGUCCAGCCAGUCUUCACAGUCCCCAGAGUCCUACCUGUUUGGCGUGUAAAUUAUCUCAUUAAGGUGAACUAAUUUGCCAAACAACAAGGAUUUUCAUUUUAGGAAGGAUGCCCCAUUGUGAGAACUAAACUAUAUUCUUUGCAGAAAUUAUUUUUUGUCUUCCACACGCACACAGUGGCCAUCACGAACAGGAUGGCAGACAGUUUCUGUUUGCUGAUGUUCCUUCCAGCUCGAUAUUGGAUAGAUGGACAUAAUAAUAACAAGAUACAUAUUAUUAUUAUAUUAUUCAGAUUAGGUGCUGGCCUUCAUGAGAUUUACGCCGCAACAUAAGGAUUUUAUUUGAUAGAAGUUAGCACAAGUCUUGACAUUUCUUUUUCCAAGCAUUCUGGGUUGGAGUCAGACCAGCAGGAACAAAACUACGCCACAUGUAACUUGCAGCCCCCCAGUGUCAGUCACCUCAUCAUACAUGCAUCCUCAUCUGUUUUCUGCCUGUCUGUAUGUUUUGUUUUUUUUGUUUUUUUUAAUUUAAUUUUUAAAGGAUGGUACAUUUCAACUCUGUCUGCUGCAUACCGUUAAUUGGACUAUAAGAACAAACUGAUUUUUUUUUUUUUUUUGAGUGCCAUCCCUAAGCUUUAUCUGGACCUUUCCUCAUUUCUUAGAAUCUCUCUUUUUUUCCCAUCAUCUCGCAAGAUGCCUCACUACAAAAACACUUUUUGUCUGCCAAACAGGCAUGAUGAAAUAGACUAAGUACAGCACCAUGGAAAACUGAUUCUGGGGAGACCAAAAAAAAAAAAAAAAAAAAAAAAAAAAAA